CAGAACAAGCCAUUUUGGAAAUGUUAUCAAGUAUGACAAGUGCAGCAUUCUUUGGAGCCAGGAAGCCCCAAGAAAAAAGAGAUCGAAAUAGUUUGGAAAAAACAUUGCUCAACACUACUUUACCUGUGGCUGCAGAUCCACCACGACUGAUAGCGAUAGGAGAUCCACGAAAAGGUGGCCUCAAAACGCAUAUAUAUGUAGAUCAAAAAGCAAUGUACACAGGACCUGUCGUAGAGGCAUUAACACAAAUUGUGGCACUCUACUAUGUGUUUCAUAUUGCUCCAUCGACGGACUUAAGAGCAGCGUUUUCGUUCAUUUUUGGGAUCUUGAUGCAAGAAGCAGCUCAAAAGGAGUACAAACGUUGAAGACGGACUUGAAUUGCACAAUAGAAAAAUUGAGAGACAAGCUAUUUAAAACAAAGGACACUAUUCAGCCAAUGAUUUUCGUCGUUGGACCAUUAAUCAAAAUUCAAAAGGCUGUCGUAGUUGUAGAUGAACAGCACUACGC